CUCUCUUGAACUGUCUCUCUGUCCUUCUCCUUGGACCAGUUUAGGGUUCUCAGUUUCAGUUCCAAGAUGGUCAUCAUCAAAUAAAUAAACAAUAGCUGGAGGAAAGGACAAAAGCAGCUUUAAUCCAGUGAAAGAUGAUUCUGGUGUUCAAUUUUGCUCCCAGCAGGAGUGGUGUCCCAAUAUCUCGCUACUUGCAUGGCAAUUCACCAACUCAAGGGUCAGACAAGAGAAGAGUAGCUUAUGAUGGACUUCCUUUUUGCAGCUUAGGCAUAGCCGAAAAUGCAAACCUCAGGAUAUCAAUUCUCACCAAGUAGUGUUCCUUCAUGUAGGAAAACAAUGACAGGUAUAUUCUUGAACCCAAUUGCUGUAAGUUAACAUAAGCUUUUCAAAUUCUCUUAAUUAUGUUUUUGCAGAUUAUUUGAUUUCUGCUGUCUGGUUGCUCAUAAGUUUCCCAUGAUCACUACUGAUGUUCCUUCAAAAGCAUCAAUAUGGUACGUUGCAAGAAAGAAAUGACUUGAGUUAUUAGUUAUGAGAAUCACAAAGCAGAAAGAUGGCAAUAAAGAUUACUUGGUUGUUUUUGGGUUUGUGCUUUUUAUGUAAACUCUUAUCUGCUCAGGGAAUGUAGUGCCUAAUGAUUUCACCUUGGUAAUGCAGGAGUUUUCACAACUUGUUUUACAGAUAAAUGGGUG